CCGCAGCCCUCGCACCGCCCCUCGGCGCCCCGGGCGGUGGCGGCCGGCAAUCCCUACCGGCGCCGCUGGGCAGCGGAAUCGCGGCUCUGGCUCUUCUGGCCCUAAUUCGGGCCAGGCCGCCGCCGUGGAGGAGACGUUCAGCCUCGUCUCCGGGAACAACCCGCUCACGUUCGCGAUGAUCAUCCGGCUCGCGCCCGAUUUGGUGGAGGAAAUUAGGCGCGCGGAAGCUCAGGGCGGUAACGCGAGGAUCAAGUUCGACGCCAACCCGAAAAAUCCAUUGGGCAAUGUCAUUGAUGUGGGAGGUAAGGAGUUCAGAUUUACAUGGUCACGCGAGUUUGGUGACCUUUGUGACAUAUAUGAAGAAAGGCAGAGUGGUGAGGAUGGAAAUGGUCAGCUUGUUGAAUCUGGUUCUGCCUGGCGCAAGUUGAAUGUGCAGCGGGUCUUGGAUGAGUCAACUAAGAACCAUGUGAAAAUGCGGUACGAAGAAGCUGAACGGAAGCUUAACGCACGAAAGGCUAUUAUCCUCGAACCCGGAAACCCGUCUAUGAAGAGCCAAAUAAAGCAAUUAGCUGCUGUUGAGGUUAACCCACGAAGGAUGCCUUUUAUGCAAAAGAAAGAGCUGCCAUUCAAGAAGCAGAAAGUUGGUCCAUCAAGUGUUCCUGUUGGCGGCCCUCCUAAAUCUGCCUUUAAAUCAACUCCUUCUAUGCCUUCAAAAACUGCUGCAAAGGGUAGAAGUUCAUCCUCACCUCUACCAUCCCCACCUGACCAAUCUGGUGCUUCGACACCUCCGUCUGGAGCUGCAAGCAAUUCUAAGAAAAAUGUGGGCUUGGGAGAUACUGUGGACGCUGAAUUGAUGAAAAGAGAUAGCAUCGACACAUGUGAGAGGAACCCAAGCAAAGUUGCCAGGGCAGUGGAGGAAAGACCAGCUCGUAGUUCUAACUUCGGUGAUAGGUCUAUGGAUUUGCAGAGCAUGUUAAUCAGUUUACUCAAAAAGAAUCCUAAGGGGAUGAGCCUGAAAGCCUUGGAGAAGGCGGUUGGAGACACAAUUCCAAACUCUGGAAAGAAAAUAGACGCUAUCAUGAAGAAAAUUGCAACUUUUCAAGCUCCAGGGCGAUACUUGCUGAAGCCUGGAGUUGACGUAGACAGCUUCAAGGGGCCUUCACCUGGAAAUGGAAGCUCUCCCGAGGACAAUUACAACCAGAGAUCAGCUGCUGAAGAAGAUCUGGAUCAAACAUCUGUACCGGGGCCUACUCUUAUUGAGAAUGCACAACAAGGUCAAGUACUUGAAAGAUCGAAUUCUGCAGUGGAAGAUGGACUAAUUGAUUCAGAAACGGUAGAUAUUGAGCAGAAUUCACCGGACAUUUUUGGUGAUCAGAAGAAUUCUGACCAUAGUGAAGGGCGGGCUGGCAGUUCUAGUGACAGCGGGAGUGACAGUGACAGUGAAAGCGGUAGCAGUGAUAGUAGGAGUGGUAGUGGAAGUCCUAGCGGCAGCAGGAGCAGGAGUAGAAGCCCUGUUGGUAGUGGGAGUGGGAGUAGCAGUGAUAGUGAGAGUGAUGCUUCCUCCAACAGUAAGGAAGGGUCCGAUGAGGAUGUGGACAUCAUGACAAGUGAUGAUGACAAAGAACCCAAGCACAACUUUCAAGUGUUGGAACCCGUGCUAUCCUCUUUACCUCACGAAGAUAGGGCUGUGCAGGAUGAAUUUGGUGACAAACAGGAGGAACAUAAUUCUAAUGUACUUUACAGACAGAAAGACUUGCCUAAUGAUGGCCAGGACAUUGAAACAGAUGUGAAUGAAGAACUCAUGGGAGAUGUAAAUCGCAUUUCACCUAAUCAGGAGGAGCUUCUAGAAAAACAGAGUAUUAUUGGAAGUUUGUUUGAUGAAAGAAGAGAGAUUUUUGAGGACAGCUUUAGACGCGAACAGUCAGACAGCUCUGACAGAAUUGCCCAUAGAUCGAGAAGGGGAUAUGAUCUGCAGCACUCCGAUGUCAAACGGGAUCGAGUCAAAAGGUCAAAAGUUCAACGGUUGGCUCAACCUUCAAGUCCUGGGGGCAACUUUCCUCAGCAUAUGAGCCCUCCAAUUUUAUCUCCUGGUAGGCCAACGGACGAUCCCUUCAAAAGCCCUGUCCCCAUUGAUGGAACUGACAGGGAUGUGAUAGCCAAUCCUGGCUUUCAAAAGGCACCAAGCCAGACAUUUCCUGGAAAAUCCACGUUGCAUUCACAGCAAACAGGACGCAGGUCAUCUGAUCAAGGUGUUCGUGGAUUGACCCAAAAUACUCCAAGAAGACCCAACAAACGUUCUGAGAGCUUGGACCAUGAUCAAAGGUUCUCGGAUAAGAGUUCCACUGUGCAAGAAGGGCUUACAUCUCAAAAAGAUAAAUCUGGUAAAGAUGCUUAUUCUGAAGGUUUCACUCCCGAGAAGGUGUCAAAAGGUAUGAAGGAUGGUCUAAGUGGAGGCAAACAUUCUUUGUCCGCUGGCUCUUUACAUAGUGAGACAAUUGGAAAGCCAAAGGACAUUGAACAGAGUUUAAAUUUGCACACAGGAUCCUUGCCAAAGGAUUAUGCCAGGAGUUUUAGCGACAGAUCCUCUCCAGCUAAUGUAAGAGGUGCCAUGCUCCAAAGGGAGCUUUCAGACUUGGAGUUGGGUGAAUUACGUGAACCAGUGCCAGAGGAGGCACCUGUGAAGAAGCAAUUUGAGAGGAAAGGUUCAUUUAAGCAGCCUGAAACCAAAUCAACCAAUUCAGAUAGCUGGAAAACAGACUUAGGUAGAGGAAAACCUCCUGGAAUGCCAUCUGCAGACUCAGGAAAGCUGUCUCCGUCCAAUUCAAGUGUUAGAAUGACAAAAAGUUCUGAGGGCUUCUCCAGAAAAAGGUCCCGAGAUGAUGAAUUGGCAACAUCCAUCCCACAAGGUUCACAAUCUCAGUUGCAACAGUCCUCGAGGAUAGAUCAUGCAGAAAUUGCUGGACCAUUGAUUAAAACCUUGGAUGUUAGUAAAUCCAGAAAGAACGAAAUGGGAGAAAGCCAAGGUACUGCUUCAGAAGAAUUUGGAAAAAGUCAAAAAGUAGCAUCGGCUAAUGGGUCACGACAGCCUCAUAAAAAAAGGGGGCAAGUUUCUCACCUUUCAAGGGAAACUAAAAUACAAGCAUCCAGUACAGCAGGAAGCAUGAUGAAUGGACAGAAGGAUGUCAUUUCAGCUCCUAAUGGUGGCCAGAAAAGGAGAGAAUCGUCUUCUGAUGAAAGUAGUUGUUCUUACUCAAAGUAUGAGAAGGAUGAACCGGAGCUCAAGGGACAGAUAAAAGAUUACGCCCAGUACAAAGAAUAUGUGCAGGAGUUUCGUGACAAAUAUGAUAGUUAUUGUUCAUUAAACAAGUUACUGGAGAACUACAGGAAUGAAUUCCAGAAAAUGGAAAAGGACCUCGAGUUUGCAAGAGGGAAGGAUAUGGAGAGAUACAAUAACAUAUUGGCACAGUUGAAGGAAUCCUACAGGCGAUGUGGAGAGCGACACAAGCGGCUAAAGAAAAUAUUUAUUGUGCUUCAUGAAGAACUGAAGCACCUUAAGGAGAUGAUUAAAGAUUUCGCAAGCGCGUAUUCUAAAGAAUGAGGACGUUAGAUUAUGCCUGUUGCCUUCUCUUUGACAGACUCCUUUCUCGACACACUCCGUUGGCCAUCGAAUUAUGUGCAUUCGGUGAAAGAUUUGUGACGUCAGUGUCUCCUGUGUGUACCUGAUGUCGAGAUCCAUCUGUCUUGCAUCUCAAGGGAAUUUUCUUUGGCUGGGAAGAACCUUCUCCCAAUGCUAAUUCUCUCUGGGGGAGAUAGGAGGUGGAUCGACUUCACUAUUUUGCAUUCGGCACUUCAAGUGGCAUGGUUGACUCGGAAGGCUAUAGCUGGAAUUUGCCCGCACACACAUGUACAGGUUGAAUCUGCUCCAACCCCCCUCUUUGGCCAAAGCUCCGUAGUUGGUUCUCCCAUUAUUGUGCAUAAACUAGGUUCUUAAAUUUAUUGUAUCACCAAUUUUGUUAGGCAGUUGUUUUCGCCUUUUCUUUGUUUUCCCUGAGAUAGGUAAGGGCAGAAUGGAAUUGUAAUUAAUUUUUUUGUAAUAUUUAUACAUGUAAAAUGAUUUUCAGUUCCAAUUUUCUCUGCGAUCUUGCUAGGCUACUCAAGAUACGAGUAGGAGAUUGAAAAGGUCCAAUUGUCCUGAGAUUUCUUCUCAAUGAAUCGUGAGGUCGUUGUA